CUGCGGACGGCGCAGGAUCUAAAACCGCGCUAGGCGCUGCUCUCCACGCUCGCUCGCUCCGCUCUUCUCUUACCCGUGGAGAAUCGCUACUCUACUACUACGGCCCGGUCGCUUUUUCGUGGGGGAAGAACUCGAAACACGCAUAUUCCCCGUGGUGGCCUACCGCGUUUGCCCGCGCGCAACAUACACACCCGGCCGGACCGUUUCCACCUUCUGCCCGCCGGAGUUACGAGCGGCACACGCAGUAGUAGUUACGGUUGCGGGAGGAGGGCCGUGGACAGCUCUCUCGCGCGUCACCUCUUCUCUCACUCCUCUGCGUGACCGGUUCGGUCCGUUCAGUAAUCGCCGCGAGGAGGAACGCGCUUCUUCUUCCGUCGCGCGGGUUUCGUUUACAACGCGUAUCGCUUCGUUUUCGCGUGGAGCAUCGCUACCGUAGUUUCGGAUCGCGGACCACCUGUCCCUCCCCCCUCGGUGUGUGUUUAUUCCGUCGUGUGCAUCGCUCGAGGAGAUUCAGAGUAAAAAAAAAAAAAUUGGAUCGCGGGAAACUCGUUGCAGCACCGUGUCGCGGGGAUUCGACGAGGAUCGGGUCGACGGUCAUACCUCGGAUUUAAUCGGCAGUGAACUGUUAUCACUCACCUGUGCAGCUAAUAAUACGUAUUUCUACUUGGUGUUGAACGAGAGCCAUCCCGUCGUACGUACCUUGUAAUUCGCGCGCGAUUCGAUGCAUCGACGGUUUGACUUCGCGCCAAUACCCAUCGGCCGAUGUAUACUUAUGUGUCUCGGCAGUGACGCCUGUGCAUUUCUAUGCGUGUCGUUUCGUCUGUGCAAACGUCAGUGCAAUCGAUCGCUGGUAUUUUACCAAUUACAAAAUCGUGCCCGUACCUGAAGAGUGGACAGCAGCAGCAGAGAGAGAGUAUACGUGACAACUUAACGAUUGUGUGACAACCGCGUCGGUUCGUGGUCGCGAGUAUAUUCCGGCCGAGUAAAUAAUCAAGUAACCCUUCCGAGAUUCGCACCGUUCGGACGAUCUCCGACAAGCAAAACUAUACCGAAACAUUCAUAUAUCAUUUUCCAAGGACACACGCGACAAAAUCGGUGCAGCGAGGGAGACGUUGGCAAUCGUUCACGCAUAAAGAAAAUAACACGUGCUCCGGAGCGCAGAGAAAUACUGCGUAUAAUGUCGCGAUACUGACAACACUGCGAGGUGGCAAGUGUCUCUGGGCAGCGGAACUACCGGCGGUGUCUGACCGCGACGAUGAAGAAGCACGUGUGUCCGGCAGCAGCCGUGGUCCUCCAGCAGCGUUCAAACGCGCGCGUCGAGCUCUGCUGACGACGCUCGUUCCGAUUUCUCGCAGACGCGUAGCGCGUCUCGUGUCGCCGGUCAACUCGGAUCCGGGGAUCGUCGCGGCCCGACGGGAGCCAGCGCGGCUACUACGUUCAGUUUCGAGGGUCUGCGGGCCGUCGGCUGCGGCCGCCGAAUCGUAAGGGAAGAGAGGAACUCGUGAAGAAGAACGCUUGUCCGGUGGCAGCACUGUGCGCUCGUUUCCGUUCUUACGGUUUUCUUCUCAGUGCGUAUCAAUCCGUAUAUUUGUAAGUGCGCCGGAACCGAUCGCCGUGCGAAGGCGAGUCGAAAAGUGGAAACCAGUGUGUGUGAAGUGUUCGAGGUUACUUGCGUAUACUGUGGGAAAAUACAGCCGCUACGGUGGCUCAGCACGCAGAGUUCCCCGGCGCGGCCAGGGCGUUCAUGGCGCAGCCAAGGUAUGACGAUGGCGGGCUGCACGGGAGUUACCUCGAGGGCGGAGGUGGCGGUGGUGGCGCAGGGCUGUACGAUCCGCACGGGAGCGCCCGUGGUGUACCCGGUCUCCAUCACAGUCCUCACCUCGGGGGUAUGGGGCCCGCGCACCCCCAGUACCCACCGCCCCCGCCUCAGCCACCGCAACACGUCCUCGCGGCGGCCGCCGCGGCCGCUGCAUCCGCCGUACCCGAUGUCCACAAACGCGACAAGGACGCGAUCUAUGGACAUCCCCUGUUCCCGCUUCUCGCGUUGAUCUUCGAGAAGUGCGAACUGGCGACGUGUACGCCGCGCGAACCAGGCGUCGCGGGCGGUGACGUGUGCUCGUCAGAGAGCUUCAACGAGGACAUCGCCGUAUUCUCUAAACAGAUCAGACAAGAGAAACCCUACUAUAUUGCGGAUCCGGAGGUGGACUCGCUGAUGGUACAGGCGAUCCAGGUCCUCCGGUUUCACCUCCUCGAGCUCGAAAAGGUCCACGAACUGUGUGAUAACUUCUGCCACCGGUACAUCAGCUGCUUGAAGGGCAAGAUGCCGAUCGAUCUGGUGAUCGACGACAGGGAGAGCUCUAAACCGCCGGAGCUGGGUAAUGGUUUGGACGGCGGCGGACCGAGGAGCACCGCAGACAGCACCAGCCACACGGACGGAGCCAGCACGCCGGACGUCAGGCCACCCUCGUCGUCGCUGUCGUACCCUGGUGCGGGUGGUAACGACGACGCACGUAGUCCCGGAAGCGGGGGCACGCCGGGACCCCUCAGUCAACAAGCGCCCACCAGCCUGGACUCCUCGGAUCCUGGUAAAUGGUGUCCGCGUAGAGAAUGGAGUUCGCCGCCGGACGCGCAGCGAGCGGCGAACGAUGCUCGACGACUUUAUUCUUCUGUCUUCCUCGGUAGUCCUGGUGACGCGAGUAAUGCGAGUAUCGGUAGCGGCGAGGGCACCGGGGAGGAAGACGACGAUUCGACGGGUAAGAAGAAUCAGAAGAAGAGGGGUAUAUUCCCGAAGGUCGCAACCAACAUCCUCAGGGCGUGGCUGUUUCAACACCUCACGCAUCCGUACCCUUCGGAAGACCAGAAGAAGCAGUUGGCUCAAGACACGGGGUUGACGAUCCUUCAAGUAAACAAUUGGUUCAUCAACGCGAGGCGUAGAAUCGUGCAGCCGAUGAUCGACCAGAGCAAUCGAGCCGUGUUUCCGCCAUUGUCCGCAGGUCCGAGCGGGGCAUACAGCCCGGACGCGACGAUGGGCUACAUGAUGGACGGACAGGCGGCGAGCAUGAUGCACCGGCCGCCCGGCGAUCCUACCUUCCACAAUCAGUACCAUUACCCGCCAGAAUACUACGGACAUCACUUAUAAAGUAGUCGCACGUGAGGGUAGACGGUGGAAUGACGGUUCUUGCGGAAAUUCGGGAAACGGAAGCAGCAUGCUCCGGUCGGCGUAGAGCGAGGUGCACGGUGAUCCGUCGCCUCCGAGGCACGGAGAUCGACGCGGAAGGACGAGAUACAAUUCGUCGAGGCGUCGUCGAAAGCUGCCGGCAGCUCGGGCCAGCGGAAGCACAGGCGACGUUCACGGUCGAAGCUAAGAUGCCGGUCCGGUUUUCGCGCGGAGGGACGUGACGUCGUGGAGGAAAAGCGAAGAAGGAAAAACCGGAAGCCUCCGAUGGACGGAGAGUCGGAAGAGAAGAGCGGAACGCGUGAAACCGGAAGCAUGAUGACUCGAAACGAACGGGAAGGAGGGAGAACAGUGGCGCGGCUUGGAGAACGAAGAAACGAGGAGCCGCGUGAGAAAGAGAGAGGAAAUUUCAUGUGAUUGUUCUGUGUACAAAUGUCGCGGUGUAAUAUCGUAGUGAUCGAAGAAUUUAAAUGUUAAAUUUUAAUACGAUCGAGCUAUUAUUAAUUAACGAUUAUAUCGGGAGGAGAGAUACGGGGGAGAACACGCCGCGGCGAGGGGGUGAACGCCCUUCGUCGGAUAGAGUGAUAUAGGCAAUUUCUAGCGGGCAUGUGUACAUUAAAAAAUGGGGAGGCAGAAGCAGGACGGAUGAAAAAACGAGACGUGGAAGAGGGUGGAAGUUGAAGAAACCCGGUGCUCGUACGAAUCACGUUUAUUGUAUGUAUAGAGUACGCGUAGAUGUCCACGCGCGGGUGUAAGCGAAACGAAAGAUUCUAUAGGUGCGUGGGUUGAAACGUGCGACGGGAUUUGAAAGAAACAAACGAACGAGUAUAUAUGUAUAUAUAUAUACACACACACACACACACACGGCACGCAGAGAACGCAUGUGUAUAGAUAUAUACGGGUAUAUAUAUAUAUACAUAAAUAUAAAUAUAUAUAAAUAGAGAAAAGAAUUUAAGGGUGGGCGUCGUUUUAAAACGUGACGGAGGGAAGAGAUAGACGUAGUCUCUGAAGCCUGAACAGGGCACGUGAAUACGCGUGUGUAACCGCAGGGUUUGCGAAACCGGAAGCAAGAAGAAUUGCGAAAUGAACGAAAGAAGAGGACAAGGUGGACGGCGAACAGAAUCAGUUUUUAGGACAGUAGAAUGAAAUCGACGCGUGUGCCGGACUCGAGCGUCGACCACAUUCAUUUGCAUAUAUUAUAUAGGUGACAUUGAAAUUUGUACAGUUAUUAAUUAUAAAUGAAUUUACUAAUUAAAGGAAGAAGUAAUUAUAUAUUAUAAAUAUAUACAUAACUGAAGUAACAUGUGCCCCCCGAACCCCCACAUCCCCCUGUUGUAAUAUAUAUAACACAAGCGAGCGUUUUAAAAUUGGACUUGGGACGAUAAUUAUUCUCGUGUGUGUUGUGCCGUGUUCGGUGUACGUACUGGACCGAGGAGACGCGCCGGUGGUUGAAAAAGAAGAGAAACGAACGGGUUAUGAGCCAGGGAGGUAGGAGCGAGCGGAUAAAGGAACAUGCUGGAAGAAGAGGCACGAGGCUGGUGAGGGUAUGCGAGCGCGAGAAAGUGGAUAGUAUACGCAAACGAUAGUGGUGAGGGAUUAUAUAUAUAUAUAUAAAGAAGGUAUAUAUAUAUAAAUAUAAAUAUAUAAAUGCAAAAUAUAGAUACCUGCGAGCGGAUCGGACGGUAAUUCAUCGACCACGACUCGAUGACGCGGUCAGAUCCCUCCUCCUCCACCUGAUCCGACUCCACACACACAGAAACACGUAAAACACACAUAUACAUGGAAGAAACAUGUAGACAAAGGCGCGCGUGAAUGAGCGUUAUUACCCAAGCCCCGUCUCCCCGCACCGUAAGGAUAAUUAAAAAAAUAAAAUGAAGAACGAAACGAAUAGGAAAAUCCGAAACGAGCGAGGAAGUUGCGUACACGAUCUACAGUUUAAUUAAUAUAAUAUAUUGUGUAUAAAUAGUUAAUUGAGUCACGGCGAGCGUGAGACGUCGGGAGACCGAGAGAGAAUCAUAAGAUUGGCAGGGCUACGCAGAAUUCUUACGCUUCUCGCGUCGUUCCUUCUCCUUUUGUUCAUAGUCAAGUGAAUGAGCUCAGUAACACACAAGGAAUCAAGUAUAAUGGCAAGUUGCUAUAAUGAAAAUCUUUCUUUUACGUAGUGUUUUUUACUUUCUCUAUUGAUCAAUGGUUUAUUUAAUUUUUAAUACGCGUCGUCAAGAACUCUCAUUAUUUUAAAUCAUUCGAGCGUAAUCGAGAUCGUCUAACAACUAUUUUUGAUAUCUUCCAUAAAUAUCUGAAUAUGACAAUUCAAUCAAAAGAAAUCGGCUUUUAUCUUUCUUCGUUCAAACAUCGUACUAUUUAGAUUGUAUUGACUGUAAGACAUACUCUUCUGAUUGGCCAUCGGAGAUAAGCUUCCUCGAGAACGACGUUACAUCGUGUCUCGAGUUCCAUCGGGGAAACAUCGGAAACCGACCAAAUUUCGAGCAAUGCAUCCGACUGUGUGCAUUUCGGGCGACAAAAUUUUCUCGUUUCCCAAGAACGAGCUCGGGAACGAGGCGAGAUUUCGUUUCUUUUCCUCAAGGAAUCUCGAAACGGAACUGUCGAUUGGUGUUCAGGAUCGAUCGAAGUUCUUCGAUACGAUGCAUCUCGUGAAUGCAAUCCCGUAGACACACAUUUCUCCAAACGUAAUAGGAUUGCUACAAUUAUUGAACGUUUAUUUUUACUUCAUUUAUAAAAAAUUCAGUC